GUGCUGUCCUUCCCCUCUUCCCCCUGCCUUCCUUUUCUCCCGCUCAGAUGGGCUUUACAAGGAAAAGAGGGGGUGGAGGAGUGAAAAGGAGGAAGACGGCAAGGCUCCCUGUGCAACGGAGUGAUGCUGAGGUCUUUUUGUGGCUCAUGAAUGGCACAUUUGAGGUUUCCAGCCUUGCUCGGUGCCCCAAGCCAGCUUCACCUGUGGUUGGAGUCAAUUGGCCUGUUGUCUGCACGUCUGGAACCGUGCCCAGCUCUCUGCCAGCCAAUUUGGUUAGCGUAGCUCCUUAGAACUGAGCAACAAUAACCUCCACCUCAAAUCCAUCAAUUAACUACUAGCACACAAUGAUGUAUCCAUUCACUGUUUGCCAAAACUGUUCUCUGACACAAUUAACACGCAUGCUAAUACUGAUUAUACCUGCCCUCUGUCACAUAACAAAGUGCCGAUUAUCUUAAUGGCAUCCAAGUUGUUAAAUGGCUGUAGAGGUGCAUUCCAUUAAGCCCACACUGUUGUGCCUUUUGUGAGUGCUUUCAAUUAACUUCACACAAAGAAAAAGUAAAAGCAAUGUUGCUCAUGUUGUCAGGUGCUAACAAGAGUCUUCACUGGUGGCUUUUAGGCACAGUGUUGCUUUGAGCCAAUGCUAACAUCAAUGUGCUAAUAUGCUCACAAUGCUAACUCGCUGAUCUCUAAGCUAAUGUACAUCACACUCACCAUCCUAUGUUGGUGUGUUAGAAUGCUAACAAUGACUAAUUAGCACUAAUGACAAAGUACAGCUGUACAGCUAUACAAAUGAAGCAGUAAAAGUAUCUUAUCAUGCCAAUAACUAGUUAGUUAUGACAGUCUAUUUCACUAUAAUACUCUUUUUUUCUUUAUGCUUCUUAACAUACUUUUACUUUAAGUAAAAAACUAGUAAAACUAUUUAGAAAUGAUAUGAUCGUCACAAAUGGAAUUCACAAACGACUGAAACAAAUUAUAAUUUUGCUUUGAUUUUCCAAAUGCUUGGUAUCGUAGCAUUAUGAAUGUUUUGUCUUUUGUGUAAGAUUUUUUGUAUUCUGCUUAUUAGUUUGACUUCAUUGUACUGUAGCUUCACCGAGAUUUACCAAGAUUUAAUUCUCUUUUACAUGGGUGUCCUGGCAAAGAUAGCAACAGCGAAAAGAACAUUUGAAAUAUAAAAUGCACAGUUUAGCCCAUAAGACGUUCCUAUCUAUUGCUCAUGUUCAAUUUGAGUUUCAUUAAAGCCAUCUUAAAAGUGAAAGCUCCAUUUGGAAUAAUACAAAAUGACAACACAACUUUCAAAAUAAAAUGCAUACAAAACAAUGUAGACUUAACUGUUAACCACAUACAGGAUGUUAAUUGGAUAUUUUAAUUUAGCUUAUAGUUUGCUUGUGUGUGGUUUAGAAAAAGAGAUCCUGAUCUGUGGGAUUAAGUAAAUGAUCCACUGAUCCCAUUUUCAUUUUCUUGCCUUAAUUAGUCUUAAUUUUCACUGGGAUUCUGCUAGUGUUGUAAACCUCUACCGUUGUUUUUCAUUUAACUGUCAAAUCAAAUAAAAGUCAGACAUAUACAUGUGUGUUUCUAAAGAGCACAUCAUGUGUCUGGGAGGAGUUGAGCUGAGGUGGGGGUAUGUGAGGGCAGCAUUUAGCUCACUUUUCAACUGUGUGAGCUGUCAUUCUCACCACACGCAGCUGUGGAAAUGAGAUAAAACUGAGCUGCCACUUUAGGAAGCUCUCAUUCACUCACUUGCUCAGCCAGAAACCUCUGAAGCCAAAAGUAAAAACUUUUGGUGACUCUUCAUUGUGCUGGAUGGCAGCUGUUUUCUGCAGCAGAGGGGAGAUCAACAGGUGGAGGAAAUGAAGUUUUGAAAGAAGACCAGACUAUGAAUGUGCUGUCAAACCCAGGGAUCAGGGGGCAGGAGCAGUCUCUCCCUCUCUGUGGCCCCCGGUCGGUCCAGGACUUACCCCACUGCCCCCCAGGGUUCAGCUCCCGCCUGAAUCCUGCCCCAAUGCUCGGCCUCCAGAGCGGACAAAGACCGCCCAAGCCUCAGAGGGAGCUGAGCCAGGAGGAGCAGCAGGACCUCAGGAGGAAGAUCAACAGCAGGGAGAGGAAACGCAUGCAGGACUUGAACAUCGCCAUGGAUUCUCUGAGGGAGGUCAUGGUGCCGUAUGCCUCCUCUCCAUCCUCUGCCUCCCCCCCUCACUCCCACCAGGCCGGGGCCCCUCCAGGCCGCAGGCUCUCCAAGAUCUCCACCCUGGUUCUGGCCAGGAACUACAUCCUCCUCCUGGGGUCUUCUCUGCAGGAGAUGCGGCGGCUGCUGGGGGAGGUGAGUGUGGGGAUGGGGGUGAACACAGGACCGGUCCCCCGGCUGCUGCUCGCUGGAGGGUGGCCCCUCAUCUCUGGCCCCAGUCAGCUCCUCCUCACCCAGGAGUCCCUCCUCACGUCAGCAGCCUCGUCCUCUUCCUCCUCGUUGGCAUCUGCUGCUAAAUGUCCCCUGAUGUCCCCAGGUCACAUGGAGGCCUCGCUGGCCCCUGUGCACUGGAGCUCUGCGGGGGCCUCCGGAGGGCCCCUGUGCCCCUGUGGAGUCUGCAGACUACCCAGAUUUAACCACUCCAAUCCGGUCCCAAGAUUUCCAAAGUGACACUUCGGGGUUGAAGUUACUAAAUGGACUUGAUGACUGUUACCAGUGUGCCACGCUUUUUUAUAUGAAUUGUUAUUUCUAACAUUUAGAAGAUGUCUGUAAUAAUUGACUGCAAUAACUCACUUUUUAAACCUGAUGGAGCCAUUCUGUAUUUGGAAGCCAGUGUCUUUUUAUGUAUAAGUAUGUUUAUAAGUAAAUGUAAUAAUGCCAGUUUUGUUUGAAUUAUAUAUAUUUAAAUACUUUUUAGGGAAGCAGAGAAACAACUUGCUACUUCUAUGCUUAUUAUUGGAAAUGUGAGCUGUCAUGACUGAGUGUUUGUUGCGUUUCAAGUGAUUUGCCUUUUUUGUUGGAAAGCAGUCACAAAAAUAGGGGCCUAGAACUAGAGGGGUCCCAUAUCAAUACAUUUUAUGAAAUAAAAAGUAUGACGUAUAGCAGCAGUGAAAACACAUUGUUGAUUUCAGAUGAGAGAUAUUUGUGUUUUUGUCUGUGCUCAUCUCUCUGGUUUGAAGUAGGCUUGCUUGUAUUUUUAGACAGACCCAGCAGGCUCUUGAUCCUAUAAUAUUGUGUAUUUAAAAAAUACACAUAUUGUUUUAUGUCUGAAUAUAUAUGUUAGUUUCCUCAUUAUGUUCCACAAAAUCCAUCCAUAACACCACAUCAGUUUCUCGCUAAUGUCGUCUCAACUGCAUUAAGUUAAAUUAAAGAAAAACGAAUGCUA